AUGGACGCGGGGCUGUCCAACCUGCAGCGCAUACACGCGGCCCGGUGCAAGGUGUGCUACGUGCACGACCGGGCGUUCUACGGGCUCACCAAUCUGGUCGACCUUGACCUGUCGGGCAACUGUCUACGGGACGUGCCCGUGACCGCGUUCGAGGAGUGUCCGUCGCUGAUGAAGCUCAGCCUGAGCGGCAACCCGAUCGCCGGAGUGCCGGCCCGGGCGUUCCAUCACCUCACGCAGCUCAACUCGCUCGACCUGAGCGGCUGCGGCCUGACCGCCAUAGAGGCGGGGGCGUUCGACAAACUGGCGGCGUUGGACUGGCUCAAGCUCAACGACAACCGCCUGACGCACGUGCCCGGGCCGAGCACGCUGCCGACCCGUCUGCACGGUAUCGACCUGCACCGCAACGACUGGCAGUGCGACUGUCGGUUGAUCGACAUGCACCGAUGGCUGACGUCGUUCAACGUGCCCGUCGCCGAGGACCCCGUGUGCUCCGGACCGGUCCCCUACGCGGACAUGCAUGUGCGCCGAAUCCGCGAAGUCGAACUGGCGUGCCCUCCGGUAGCGUACCCCGUCACCCGGACGGUGCAGGAAGUGGUCGAGGGCGUUAACGUGUCGUUUCAGUGUCUGGUGACCGCCACGCCGGUGGCCACGGUCGAAUGGCUGUUCGGCGGCGUGCCCGUGUACCGGCACAACGCGUCCGAACAAAUCACCGUGGACGGCAAUACGACGGCCGAGCUGUACGUGUACAACGCCAGUCUCGGUGACGCGGGAACGUACGCGUGCGUGGCCCGGAACCCCGCGGGCAUGGCUCGCACCGACUUUACCGUCAGCGUCCGGCCCAAGCAGCCGUCCCUGGCGGCCGGAACUGCGGUGGACGACCGCUCAGCGCCGUCCCAGUCGUCCUCCGCGGCUGCGGGCGGUGACGGACAUUCCGUGGCGUACGCCGUGGCGUGCCUGGUCGUCGGGUCGGCGGCCCUAACGAUCGCGGCCGCCGUACUGGUGGCCGUUCGGUGUAAAAAGGAAAAACGGGGCGGCGGCCGCGACCUGACGAACGGUGUCGGCGGCAAGCGACGGCCAGUGACGCCCGCGGCCGACGGUUAUCGGGUGGUCAGCACGACGGCCGACAAGGAACCGCCGCCGCCGACCGCACCCGCGCAAUCCACGGUGGUACGAACGACGGCCACGACCGCGGCGACGGUGGUGACGACCGCGGCAGCGUCGGCGACCGCGACGACGGCGCCGGCGGCGGCGACCGCGGCGGACGGCACCGUCGUCGUGGUCGCCGCCGAGAGCUGCAACCCGGACGUGGUGAGCGACGCUAAACGCGCCGGAUGGGAAAUCGACUUCGAACAGAUCGUCUGGGCCGAAUGUCCGCCGGCCACCGGUUACGUGUCCAUACAGAUACCGGUCCAGUGCGGUAUCGAGUGUUUGGGCGCGUACUACGCGACUACGGCCGAGGCCGUGAUGGGCAUGGGCAGAGGUUCGCUGCAGGGCGCGCAGGGCGCGGGCACCGUGCGGAGGCAGCACAGACGGGCGGCCGUGCUGACCGCGUACGACGACACCGUCCGGCAGGUGCGGACCACCGCGCAGGGAGGAUACCCGACGGCCGCGGUCCACCGGGCGUCCAGGACGGCGGCCGAGCUACGGGCCCCGACCAUCGUCGUGGACGACGUCGACGACUGCGGCGGUAACGCGAUCGCGGUCACGCCCAUAAUCAGUCCGCCGCUGCCUUUUCGGUCGGCCGGCGACGCGGACGAUUCGAUCGCGCUGUAA